UUGUCACCUCCUAGUAGGCGGUUCUCUGGGAAGAAACAACGACGUGGGUUCACUUUUGAAAUUGAAGGAGUACGGCGAGCGUCCUGCAAGCCAACGAGGAAAUGAAAUAUUUGUUUGGGAAUUCCGUCGGCACCACCACCUUGGGGCUUCAAUCGUAGAGAAGUUUGGAGAUUUGGAAACGUGUUGAGCAGACACGUCGGAGGGUGUUUAGACUACCUUGCAUUUGCUGCGCACGCAUUUAUCAAUAACCUUACUGCAGCGCAGGGGCAAAGUGUGACAACAGCGUGCUAUUUGAAGGGUGCUUUACAAGGUUAUAAAUCGAAGGUGAACCAAACCAGACUGUGCAACGCAUCUGAGACACUGGAGAGAUUUGUGAGUCUCCAUUUUUUCCCCAGUAAUAUAUGUUUUAUUGACAAACAACAGACACAGUCUACCGCGUGAGAAGCUUGCAUUGUGGCCGGUGGGAGAAGAAAGUUACCGCCCAUUGUCCGGAGUUUUUUUUAUUUUUUUCAUGGGGCAGACUAACAUCGGCCACUGACCAUUAGCCCGCACUCUAUGCCCUGACGGCACCCUACAGCCGCUUGGAUUUGAUUUUGCUGUGGUUGUUCAUGAAAAUCAUUCGGAUGAAUCUGCAGAAGCUCAGCCCGUGGACUUUCGCGUAGGGGCUGAACAUUUUUCGUCACUUUAACAUAAGCACGAUUCUUAAGAAAUAUCCCAACGCACAUGAAUUGCGUUUUAUGAUCGAGUUUGUCUUCAAUUGUCAUCCCAAAGUGGCAAGAGCGGUCGUGAAAGUGAAAAUGGGCUGGGCCGUCUAGCUCUCUUUGUGGGGGCAUCAUCUUUUAUAUGACAGAGGAGAGAUUUCUGAAGGUGAUAGCGGUGAGAAGCAUCGCCCGUGGUCGCUCUCGCUGUCUGCAGCCUUAGCACCCCGAGCAAGUCGCGGCUUCCUAUGCAGGAUAGAGAUUGUAUCAAUGUGUUGGAUUACAAGAGCGGAUUCCGUGCCUCAUGAUUUAAGCCUGCUAUCUGGACUCUCUGAACUGAGCUAAUUUUCUCUCCGCGUAGGCUCAGACGCUAUCCUACGAACAUUACGAAACCUGCGCCGUGGGUUGCAACACUCUUGGAUAAAGGGAAUUAUUUUUGAUAACCGUAAGACACCGGGAACGUGUUGUAGCUUGGUAGCUGGAUUAGACUUGUCCUCCUAUCACGACUCCUGAGGCAGCAGAAGCGUAUUCGAGGGUCGGAUUUUCUCUGUUGUUUUGGAGACCAUAUUUUGGAGCAUACACCGUCGUUUGGAGAACAAUUAGUCUACAUAUUGCAUACGACCUGAGGUCCAAACAGGUGUGUCCCAAUUAAAUCUCCCUUCGGAGCCACUGGACGAGGCUCAGUUUUUGGAAGUUUCACUGCUGCCUGCCGAAGACGGAUAUACAACUUUCGUUAGACUAUCAAUCUGCGAAGGAGAGAGGAGAACCAGAAUGGGCUUUCGAACGCUUGUGAUAGCGUGUGUGCUUUUAGUGGGCCUGAGCCCUGGCUGGGCCAAGCGCGUGGUGACGGUGCAGAGCGGCGCCCUGGUGCGGACGGAAGGCUCGCACGCCACCAUCUGGUGCAACGUGACGGGCUACAAGGAGGGCAAGGAGCAGGACUUCGAGUGGUCCAUGUACCUGCCGUCGGUGCCAGACCGCGAGAUCCGCAUCGUGAGCACGGCGCAGCCCAACUACGCCUACGCCAUCUUCGCCCAGCGCGUCAACGCCAAGGAGAUCUACGUGGAGCGCCUGAGCGGCGACUCUGCGCUCCUCCACAUCACCAAACUGGAGGCCAAGGACCAGGGCCUGUUCGAGUGCUACACGCCCAACACCGACGGCCAGUUCCUGGGCUCCUACAGCGCACGCACCAACCUCACCGUGAUCCCUGACACCCUGACGGUGGCGUCGUCGGCUCAGACCCUGUCCAAGGUGGAGGGCGAGACGCUGCAGCUGAGCUGCGAGGUGAACCGCCUGACGGCCCAGCACACCCACCUGGCCGUGGGCUGGUACCUGCGCCCGGCCGACGACCCCUCCGCCGCCGCCGCCACGCCGCGCGACGUGGUCACGCUCUCCCGGGACUUCGUGCUCCGGCCCGGCGGCCCGUACCGCCAGCGUCUCUCCUCGGGGGACCUGCGGAUGGACAAGACGGGCGCCUCCACCUACCGGCUCACCAUCUACCGGCUGCAGCCGGCCGACCAGGGCGUGUUCUACUGCGAGGCGUCCGAGUGGAUCCAGGACCCCGACCGCUCCUGGUACGCCAUCAGCCGCAAGCAGUCCGACCAGACCUCCGUCAGAGUGCAGCCCACCGACCGUGACUUCAGCAUCCAGGUGACCACGGAGCGCCGGGCCUACACGGCGGGCGAGCCGCUGGAGCUCCGCUGCACCAUAGAGGCGCAGAAGGUUCCGGAGCGCUUCUUCUCGGUGUCGUGGGUCUUCAGCAGCUCGCCCGUGGCCGUGGUCGGCCCCGACGCCGUGCCCUCGCUGGGCCCCGGCUACCUGGAGCGCGAGGCGGCCGGCCUGCUGACGGUGCGGAAGGAGAGCGCCAACGUGCACCUGCUCAAGCUGCAGCGCCUGCUGCCCGACGACGCCGGCAAGUACAUCUGCCGCGUGACGGAGCGCGAGAGGACCCUCACCGGAGACUUCAUCGACCGCAGCAAGCGCUCGCGCAACGUGCAGAUCACCGUCACCCCACUCAAGAGCAACAUCACCGUGUCCCUCUCCAGCAACUCGUCCUUCGAUGAGGGGGACCCCAUCAUCUUGACCUGCUCCGUGCAGAAUGUCUGGGGCAGCCUCUCCGUGUCCUGGCAGUGGACACCUCCUUCGUCCACCUCCUCCUCCUCCUCCCCCACCGCUACCACCCCCAUCCAGGGGUCAGAGGGCGAGGAGUCCUCCCCCGGUCCGGAGCCCGUGGAGCUGGCCAGCGUGGAGCGCGACGGCGCGGUGCGUCUGGGGCCCGCCUACCUGGAGCGCGGCAGCUACGGUGAGGUGAGGGCCACGCGCGAGAGGGCCGACAUCUACACGCUGGCGCUCUACAACGCCUACCCGACCGACGCGGGUCAGUACCGCUGCACCGUCACCGAGUGGACUCGCACCGGGCCCGAACCCAACAGCACCUGGCAGCAGCUCGGGGAGAAGUCGGCCACUAAAGCCAUCACUGUCAAGAGCGUCGAAUCCUCCUUCUUUGUGUCAGCGUCAUCGCGCACGCCCAGCGUGACCUUCGGCGACUCCUUCGACCUGCAGUGCAUCGUCAAGCCGCGCCACAACCCCAGCGUUCCGGCGACCGUCACCUGGCGUUUCCAGCCGGCCGAAUCCCGCUCCCCGCCGCGCGACCUCGUGACCUUCACCCGCACCGGCACGCUCCGCUGGGGCGAGCACCCGCCGGGCCUGGGCACGCGCACCACCGUCGACCGCUCGGACACCAACACCAACUUCCGGUUGAGCGUGACCCGCGCCGGGCGCCGCGAGGCCGGCACCUACCACUGCGCUGCCACGCUCUUCCGACGCAACUACGACGGCACCUGGACGGAGGUGGCCAACCGCACCUCCAACCUGCUGGGGAUCAGCGUGCUGCAGCCAGGGAGUAAGCUGCGAGUCCUCAAGACCAACCAGAGCCUGCAGGUGCUGGAGGAUGGCCGCGUGCGUCUCAACUGCUCCAUGGCGUCCCAGACCAGCCCGGACUCCCAGUACACUGUGCAGUGGUACGCGCGGCGGGCCCGCACCGAGACGGAGCCGCCGCCAGCGCUGGCCCUCGAGUCCGGCGUCGGGGCGGUGGCGGGCGCCGAUCCGGACGAGCUGCUCCUGAGCAUCGAGCGCACGGGCGCCUUUGAGUACGGCGCCUACGCCGAGGAGGAGCGCCUGCGCAGCCGGCUGCAGGCCGAGCGCCGUCUCCGCGGCAACAGCCUGACGCUGCACCGCGCCGAGACCAGCGACUCGGCCACCUACUACUGCCUGGUGGAGGAGUGGCUGACCGACCCGGACGGCGCCUGGUACCGCCUGGCCCGCGAGGCGUCCGGCUUCACUCACGUGCUCGUGAAGAGGCCCGAGGCUCGUCUGCAGGUGGAGGAGGUGGAGUCUAACGUGACCGUGGAGGAGUCCGGCUCCAUCCGUCUGGGCUGCAGCAUUCCCACCCAGUCCUCGCGCGACUCCCGCUUCUCCGUCUCCUGGUACGUGGUGCGCUCCGAUGACGAUGACAGCAGCAGCAUCGGCAUCAGCAGCGGCUCCGACCACGAGUGCGUCUUCUCUAUUGGCCAUGACGCCGUCUUCGGCAACGGCAACUGCAGCCCCACCGAGCAGCCCGGCCCCGAGUCGCGGUUACAGUUUGAGCGGACGACCUCCGACCUCUACACGCUCACCAUCCAGAGGGCACGGACGGGCGACGCGGGCGGGUACUACUGCCACGUGGAGGAGUGGCUGCUGAACCCACGGGGGGCCUGGUACAGACUCACCACCAACAACUCGGGCAUCACCAUCAUCAACGUGCUUCAGAAAGCCUCCAGCCUGCAGUCAGUGGUGUGCUCCAACGACUCGCUCUUCUACUUCGUCUUCUUCUACCCGUUCCCCAUCUUCGGCAUCCUGCUCAUCGCCGUGCUGCUGGUGCGCUACAAGAGCCGCGGCCACAGCAAGAGCCAGGAGGGCAAGAACGGCGCCCCCUUGCUGUGGAUCAAGGAGCCGCACCUCAGCUACUCCCCCACCUGCCUGGACCCCCCAGCCCUCAGCCUGCACCCCGGCUCCGUGGAUUAGACCCUCUACCCCCCCACCAGACCAAGCGUCUGGCUCUGGCCAUCUCCUUUACUCUGUCUCUCUAUCACGCGCUCUCUCUAUCUCUCUUGUUAC